UAGACUAGUAUAUAUAUAGUUAAUGUGAACAAAAAUGGUAAGACUGACUUGUAUGAUGCAUAAUUGUUGUUAGUGCAGUCCAGAGAAUUUGUAUUUGCUUAUACUUAUAGGUAUAUAUAGCUAGAGUCGAUCUCCUCUCUCCAGGGUACGUUGGAAGAUUUGUAAUUAUAAUAUGGAAGGAGCUUUGAGUAGUUCUACUACUUACAAGGAGAAAGAAAAACAAGAGAAUGUUGAAGAUCAUGAGAUCCUCAAAAACAGAAUCUCUACCCAUCCCUUAUAUGGGCUGUUGGUUGAAGCUCACUUGGAUUGUUUGAAGGUCGGUGGAAUUAGUGGUGACCUAGACCUAGAGGGAGAUGUUAGCAGAGAUAUGAAGCAGCUUGACAACAAGUACAAGGCCAGUGAAAAUCGACAAUCUGACCUCGAUCACUUCAUGGAAGCAUAUUGCUUGGCACUUGGGAAGCUGAAAGAAGCAAUGGAGGAACCGCAGCAAACGUCGAUGGCCUUCAUAAGUAACAUGCACCUGCAACUCAAGGAGCUAACAGGAUCUCAUCAACCUGAACCGGCCACCUCACUUUCCGGUGAAAGCUACAAUUGAUUGUGCCUGCAGUCUGCAGACGAGCGAAAGGCCAGGAGGAUGCAGUGCCUUCAUGGAACCUGAUGAAUUUUUCCAGAAUAUAAUUUUUAUAUAUAUGGUAUGAUAUUUGCCUCCAAUCCAAUCACGUUUGCGAUUUGUGACACACUCCUGCGCAACAUGGCAUGUAAAAUUUGGUCCUUAUUUUAAUUAUGCGUCCAUCUCAAGCUGUUUCAUUUAUUAGUCUGAUAUUUCCAGGGAAUCAAACAAAUUGAACGAAGCUGGUUUUGUAUUCACCAACCAAUCUAUUUCCAACUCAUUAUUUUUG